AUGGACGCUAACAUUUUUGACGAAUACCCCGGACCAGGAACAACCUUCCACGCUCCACUUGCACACUCUAUUCCUAAGCUCAACUCUCUCUCUGAAGCUAAACAUUGCACUCGGUGCGGUAGGAAGUUUAGUUUCCUACGGCCCAAAUAUCACUGUCGUAACUGUGGUUAUGUCUGUUGUAGUCGAUGUUCAGAAAAUAGAGUAGAAUUGUCAAAGUUUGGUUAUUUUAGUCCUGUGAGAGUAUGCGACUUGUGCUUUAACUAUCUCAAAAUUUCAAAGUUGGCGCGCAGUCAACUUGCUACUUUGCCGAGUAGAGUAUUGAGUGAUUACGUUAAGGCGUUCAAUCUACCUACGAACAAUAUUAUAGAAAAGGAUGAUCUGGUUUCAGUAAUAAUAUCGCAGCGACCGUUAGGAGAACAACAAGAGAUAUAUUAUAGAGAACAUAUUCCAGUAGCAGAGCCAACUGUAUCAGCGGAUUCUGCUCCAUCGGCUGAGGAAAAUUCUGGGAACAACAAUCGGCCUAGAACUCAACAAUCCACUAGCGGACGGGGUAGACGUAAUCAAUCUAGAAGACCAAAUUCACCCACUUCUGGUCUUAAUGGAUCAAAUGGAAGACGUACCUCAUCAUCUGCGUCUGCUUCUGCUGGAGCCAGAGCAGCUUAUCCACCACGUCGACCUUCUCAUUAUUCCCAACAACGCCAAUCUUCAUCUCAGUCGCAGUCACCUGCUUCAUCGUUUGUAUUGCCUCCAAUUCGAUCGAGUAGCACGACAACUUACAGUACAUUUUAUUCAACACCUAUGACAACAACAUUUUCUGAUUCAUCGAACGAUAGCAACACUCCGCGUACAGAUGGUUAUACUUCUUCGUCUGGGCGUUCACAUACGGUUCGUACACAAUCUACCACACGCACUACUACUCAAGCUUCAUCUCACCCAUCAGCUGCAUUUGCAGCAAAUCGUCGUACUCAGCAAACAAGACCUGGUGGGACAGGCUCUGGACAGACACAGCGUAAAACGGCACAUGAUGGUCCACCAAGCAUUUAUACGAUAAUAAAGAACAAAAUAGAGGUCCACAAACUGUCUCCAAAAGCACUCAAGGAUAUUCUUAAGGAUAAUGGUGUAGACUAUACCGGAAUAGUCGAGAAAUCAGAAUUGAUUCAGAAAGUUGAGAGGUUAAUUGAGAAUGCUAAGAAGGAGAUGGCUACCGAUGUUGAUAAAUUGAGUGACGAUGCCCUAUGUAAAAUAUGUUGUGAUGCACCACAAAAUUGUGUAAUACUAGAUUGCGGUCAUAUGAGCACUUGUAUGGACUGUGGCAAGAAGUUACAAGAAUCCAGAAAUGAGUGUCCAAUAUGUCGGGAGACUAUAGUGAAAUUACUUAGGGUGUUCAGAUCAUGA